AAAUGCUAUUUUACGUAUUUAGAUGAAUUUGCUGAAAUAAAUUCAAACACAUCAAUACAGAAUAUUUGAAACCAGAAAUCGUGUUUGUACGAAAAUAAUAAAUGCAAAAAAUGUUUCAGGUUUUGCAUUGGAAGUGGGAAAGAAACAAUAUUGGAAAAUUGGUUUAACGGAUGCCUAGCUAGUUUCCUUCGUUACCAGUUUUUGCACCAUACGGAUGUUAACAUAUUGUACUGAGAGAGAAUGACAGUACAAUGCGACAGUUGAUAACACGUAAACAAGAUCGAAACUACUUGUUUGGCGUAUGCGUACCAACAAUGAUUGUUUAAACUACCGAUUUCACAUGAGCUGUCAUUACAUCAAACUACCAGAUCCAUAUGAUCUGCAAUUACAUGAGCUGUCAGUCUACGAGAUCCACAUGAUCUGCCAUCACAUGAGCUGUCAGUCUACGAGAUCCACAUGAGCUGCCAUUACAUAAGCUGUCAAACUAGCAGAUCCACAUGAGCUGCCAUUACAUGAUCUAUCAAACAACCGAUUCCACAUGAGCUCCUACCACAUAAACUGUCAAACUACCAAUUCUACACGAGCUGCCAUUAUAUGAGCUGUCAAGCUACCUAACUCACAUGAGCUACAAUUACAUGAGCCGUCAAAAACCUCCCGUUCCACAUGAACUGUCAUUAUAUGAGCUUCAAAGCUACCAGUUCUAGAUGAGCUAUCGUUAUCUUAGCUGAUAAACUAAUAAUUUCUGUUAAGCAGUUUGCAAGAUAUCAACUUAAGAUCUUUGUACCUCUUGUGUUUAAAACGUCAUUGUACAGCUGACAAUGUCAAAUAUCAGUUAUAACAUAGUUGCAUCUAAUGUCCUCGUCUAUCCAGGUCAUAGAGACAUUCAUUCCACAGUGAUAUUCAACGCCAACGACAAACAGUUCCAUAUAUUUUUACCGACAUUUACGGUGAUUUGUAUCUUAAUGAUUAUUGGUAUACCAGGAAAUAUAUUAACUUUGCUUGUUUACACGCGGCGCCUGAAGAAAGCGAUUGCGAGACAAUUUCUGAUGACACUGGCGACGUGUGACUUACUAACAUGUUCCGUUGUCAUGCCAACAGAACUUGUUAUAAUGACACACUUUUUCGAUUGGGACAUAAGAUGGUUGUGCAAAUCUUUCCGAUGGUUUUCUUACACUGUGAAUAAUAUAUCCAGCCUAACACUUCUAAUCAUUGCUGUUGAACGAUAUAGGCUUGUUUGCAAGCCUUGGAAACAGAAAUUCACCGCGGAAACAUCGAGAUACCUGUGCUAUAUAAAUAUAGUGUUUUCAGUCAUAACUGCGUUACCGAUGUUUUUUAUGUAUGGAACGCAGACGAUUCCUUUAUUUAAAGUACAAAAUGAAGUCAUUGACAACUUAACCAAUUCUAGCACGGAAGGUGUUGCUAUGGUAAUAUACGGAAAGUCAUGUUUAAUGGAUGACGCUAUGACACAACUUGCAUUUCCUUUCGCCGUAGUGACUACAUCUGUAUAUAUUAUCUCUAUAAUAAUAGUAUUUAUUGCUUUCAUAUUUCUGUAUGGUCACGUGGUAAAAACUUUAGUCAAACGACGGAAAGAAUCUUUAUGCCAACAAGAAGGCAAAUCGAAAGAGGCGUCUGCAUGUCGGAUUCGAAAAAUCACAUUUAUGAUGAUUAUUCUUACAGUUUUAUAUGAAAUCUGUUAUUUACCAUGUUUAAGUGUUGUGUGUCUGCGACUUACGCGUCCGGAAUUCUACACCACACUUUCAAGCGCGGGUAAAACUGUGUUUCAAUUGUUGUUAAAGUCGUAUCUUUUAUGUUCAGCUUUUAACCCGUUCGUUUACUGUUUUUGUAACAAAGAAUUUUUGGCAGGAUUAUUUUGGAUUUUGCGAUCUAUAUUUCCUGCAACAGGCAGACGACAGUCAAUAUUACAGUCGCAGAAACUGGUGACAGUUUCACAGUCAAAAGACGGGGACAAAAAUGGCAUGGUGUCAAGAGCAAAAACUAUGGAAACAGAAGACCUACGAUAAAAUGGUUAAUUGUGUGUGUUUGAUUUCAUUAAUCAUUAUGUUGAUCAUACCAAAGAAUACAAAAAGAUCUCAACGUGCACUUUUCAUCUCUUUGCAUGAACUGCCAACUGGUAGUAUACCUAUUUCAAUCUGACCUUUUAUAUGAAGUAAUGAUCGAAGUAUCACUUUGCAUGUAUUUCUAUUAUUUCGUCGAUACUAUGAUUUCUUUUCAUCCCGUCAUGCAAACGGGUAAUUUGACCAGCAAAACCUGUUUAAAAUUUAUGCACAUUCGUCUAAACGACUAAAAGGUUUGAAGAAAAUUAUAAAAGAAGGCAAACUUUUCAGUAAAAAAAUCUAUAAUUUCUAUGAGACAAUUGCCAAUAAAAUCAAACACCGUUGAUUUCGCGCUUAGAACAUGACCAUGGUGUGUAAUUUACGGGCUUAUAUUAAAAAAUUAAUAAACCUUGUGAAGUUUCAGAGUGACAUUUAAAACAGUUAUUUACGCAGUGGGCACGUUAUGACAACUGGCCGAGUAAUGUAUUCCCCGUAUGCGAUUUCGGCAUUCUCCGUUUUUUACAGCAAACCAUGCGCGCGUUAUCUUUGCGCCUGAAGAAUACCGAAUAACCUAACGAAAAUAACACGGAGAUUUCCGAGUACCAUUGCUGACCCACUACCGUAAUAAGAAAAGAUUAGCGAUUAUAUAAGUCAGCUUACACAAGCGAACGCAAAUAAAAACAGAGAUGUACAGUAGUGGAUGCAGCAGUUUUAGCAUUACGUUUUAUCUUACAUUUAAAUAUAGACACUCGCGGAUGAAUCUGUGUUAGAAUUAUCAAUAAAUGUAAACCGAUUAAUAUAAAGACAAUGGAACAAAAAAAUAGGCACAAGACCACAGUUAUUUGCCCUUGGUUGACCACAAUACGGAAGUGGUUACGCGGAAAAUAGUUCCUCUGUUUGAUGGUGAAUAUUGGUGAAUUUUUGAGUGAAAGACCUGCAAUAAAUGGCAUGAUUUAAUAGAGGAGAUAUGAAAUAGUAGGUACAUGUACAAUUUGACAGAAUGAAAAUGUCAGAAUAUGCAUAACAUGACUUUUUGAUAGGGCCUGUUUUGCCUGUUUGCGGCCAUCUAGAGAGUAUUCUUCAUACGCAUGUGAUUUGGUUCAAAAUGGUGGAAAAAAGAGCCGGUCAACCCAAUGUUUACUGUGGCUGGAAUUUUUUCUCUUGGAUAGUUCUGUUGAGUUCAGGUAUUUUUAUAGGGGUUGGAAUGCAUGCAAAAUUGCUAUAGUGUCCAGUGCCUAUAUAGAACAUAUAGUAAAAAUAACUGUGGUCUUAGGCCAGUGGUUCUCGCCAACAUGGUACAGUCUAUAAUUAACUGACGUUACUUGCCUUGUAAAGAUCAUUUCAUUAGCCGAAAGGUCAAUGGAACGUCUGAUCAGCUUUCGACAAGAAGUUUGUUUGUAGUUAUCAAACAAACACUCUAUCGACAUAUAGUAACGUUUAGAAUAACCUUUGAAAAUUAGAUAAUCGCAUGACAUUAUCAAACACCGAAAAUCCAAUUAUCGGCGAUCUGUGAAAACAAUGAGCGCUAUGUGAUUAUAUUGUUCAUUAACAGUAGGAUCGAUUCCAAUUUAGUUCUAAAUGACAACAAUAAUCUAUAUUAACUAACUGUGUCAUAAGAACAUUAAGGAGCAUUCUGGAAUGAUAUCUGAAACAUGCUAAUAUAAUAAUAGGUGAAUGGGCUGCUAAUUAUAUUUUGAGAUGUUAAUAUGCGCUUAAGUCUAUAUCAUCUGUAAGGAAACUUAAAAAUUGCCAGAAAUUGUGCAUACUGUAAGAAUUUUUUACUGGUUCAAUGUGCCGAAUAAAAUAUAUGGCUCGAUGGUAACUGUUAAGGAGGUAACGAGGCUCUGUCGAGUUACCACAAAAACAGUUACCCGAGAAUCAGAUAUUUCUAUCCGCUCCUUCUACCAGUGGCAUAAUCUUUUUCUUGCAUACCGUAUUCUUCCAAUAAAGCACUAUUUUAUUAUAGUAACGCAUGAAGUUACGCUUUCAUUAAUGAAUAACGGCAAAGAAGACAUUUUACACCUUUUUCAGCACCGAUAAAACACUGGAAAAUCUUGUCUCGCAUGCAAGAAAUGCAUUUACAAAGUUUACCGUUACACGUUUUAAUUGACCGUUUGGUCUUAUUCUUAAAAGCAAAUAUUUGGUUACGUUAAUACGGGCUGAAAUUGAUCGCCUUAAUGGAGCCAGUACCAUUCGACAAACUUUAAAUUACACGAGUUUAAAAGCAUUUAAAAAUAGGCAAAAACAAAAAAUGUCAACAACAAAGGAAAACUUCAACAACAAAACGAAGUACAAAUAUUUUUACUUUUUAUUAUUUUUCAGUAGGUAUGAUAUAUCAGUAGCGCCAUUAAAACAAAAGCUGGAUAUGACGUAACACUGACGAGCGCCUCCAGUGCAGUUUAUGUCAUCUCUUUAUGUCAAAUAGAAUAUUCCCAAUUCUUUUGUAAAUUUCUCUUGACCUAUUAAUUACAGAGGCAUUGUUAUUGCAUUCAGUGUGUUUGGAUUCCGGAAUAACAAUUUGUUUAGUGCUAACAUGAAUUAAGGCAAAGGAUAUUGCAUGAACAUGUACUUUUCACUGGAGGGAAUAUAGAGUAAACAUCAUAAAAUCCUCGAAGUAUGGGGUGAUAUUGAAGAGGAGACGAAAGUCUUAGAUAUCAUAUUUCAUUGAAUAAGUGUGUUUUAAUUAAGCCGGUAUAAGGGGCGUGAGGGGUGUUGUAUAUUUAUAACCUCUCACAUACAGACCGAAUUAAACUGUGUUUGAUAUUAUAUUGCUUCGUUACAUUAUACGAUUCAAAAAGAUUUUCAUAUAUACUUUAUUACCUUGUAAGCAAUAUGAUUGGCGUACGAAGUUUCUCCGAAAGUGGACACAAUAUUUUCUAAUGGGAUGUAUUCCAUAUUAAUUUUCUGAUUGAUAGAGGUCUCCUUACGCCGGUACUAAGGGACAUGAGAGGUGCAGUAUAUUUCAAUGCAUUUCAUGAACAGACUAUGAUUCUGCUACCGCGUCGCUUUCACGGU